GCGGCGGGAGCGCGUCCCGUCCGGGUCCUGAGGAGCCGCCGCCGCCGCUCGCCAACAUGGCGGACCUGGAGGCCGUGCUGGCCGAUGUCAGCUACCUGAUGGCGAUGGAGAAGAGCAAGGCGACGCCGGCCGCUCGCGCCAGCAAGAAGAUCGUCCUGCCCGAGCCCAGUAUCCGGAGCGUGAUGCAGAAGUAUCUCGAGGAGAGACAUGAAAUCACUUUCAACAAGAUUUUUAAUCAGAAAAUUGGUUUCUUGCUAUUUAAAGAUUUUUGUUUGAAUGAAAUUAAUGAAGCUGUACCUCAGGUGAAGUUUUAUGAAGAGAUAAAAGAAUAUGAAAAGCUUGAGAAUGAGGAAGAUCGCCUUUGUAGAAGUCGACAAAUUUAUGAUACUUACAUCAUGAAGGAGCUGCUGUCUUGUUCACAUCCAUUCUCAAAGCAAGCUGUAGAACACGUGCAAAGUCAUCUAUCCAAGAAACAAGUGACAUCAACUCUUUUUCAGCCAUACAUAGAAGAAAUUUGUGAAAGUCUUCGAGGCAGCAUUUUUCAAAAAUUCAUGGAAAGUGACAAGUUCACUAGAUUUUGUCAGUGGAAAAACGUGGAAUUAAAUAUCCAUUUGACCAUGAAUGAUUUCAGCGUACAUAGGAUUAUCGGACGAGGAGGAUUCGGUGAAGUAUAUGGUUGCAGGAAAGCAGACACUGGAAAAAUGUAUGCGAUGAAAUGCUUGGAUAAGAAGAGGAUCAAGAUGAAACAAGGAGAAACCUUAGCCUUAAAUGAAAGGAUCAUGUUGUCCCUGGUGAGCACAGGAGAUUGUCCUUUCAUUGUCUGUAUGACCUACGCCUUCCAUACGCCAGAUAAACUCUGCUUCAUCUUGGAUCUGAUGAACGGGGGUGAUUUGCACUAUCACCUUUCACAGCACGGGGUGUUUUCUGAGAAGGAGAUGAGGUUUUAUGCCACAGAAGUCAUCCUGGGGCUGGAACACAUGCACAAUCGGUUUGUCGUUUACAGAGAUUUGAAGCCCGCAAAUAUCCUCUUGGAUGAACACGGACACAUUAGGAUAUCAGACCUUGGUCUUGCCUGCGAUUUUUCCAAAAAGAAGCCGCACGCGAGUGUGGGCACCCACGGGUACAUGGCUCCCGAGGUCCUGCAGAAAGGGACUGCGUACGACAGCAGUGCCGACUGGUUCUCCCUGGGUUGUAUGCUUUUCAAACUUCUGAGAGGUCACAGCCCUUUCAGACAACAUAAAACCAAAGAUAAGCAUGAGAUAGACCGAAUGACACUCACCAUGAAUGUGGAACUUCCAGACAUCUUCUCCCCUGAGCUGCAGUCCCUUCUGGAAGGCUUGCUCCAGCGAGACGUUAGUAAGCGACUCGGCUGCCACGGACGCGGUGCACAGGAACUAAAAACGCAUGACUUCUUCAGAGGCAUCGACUGGCAGCAAGUCUACCUGCAGAAGUACCCUCCACCCUUGAUCCCUCCCCGGGGGGAAGUCAAUGCGGCCGACGCCUUUGACAUCGGCUCAUUUGAUGAAGAGGAUACCAAAGGCAUCAAGCUUCUUGAUUGCGACCAAGAACUCUACAAGAACUUCCCUUUGGUGAUCUCUGAGCGCUGGCAGCAGGAAGUGGUGGAAACUGUUUAUGAAGCAGUAAAUGCAGACACGGAUAAAAUCGAGGCCAGGAAGAGAGCUAAAAAUAAGCAGCUUGGCCACGAAGAAGAUUACGCUCUGGGAAGAGACUGCAUCAUGCACGGGUACAUGCUGAAGCUGGGAAACCCAUUCCUGACUCAGUGGCAGCGUCGAUAUUUUUACCUCUUUCCAAACAGACUUGAAUGGAGAGGAGAGGGCGAGUCACGACAAAAUUUACUGACAAUGGAACAGAUUGUGUCUGUGGAAGAAACUCAGAUUAAAGACAAAAAGUGCAUUUUGUUGAGGAUAAAAGGAGGGAAGCAAUUUGUCUUGCAGUGUGAGAGUGACCCGGAGUUUCUGCAGUGGAAGAAAGAGCUGACGGAGACGUUCACCGAGGCCCAGCGGCUGUUACGUCGAGCCCCCAAGUUCCUCAACAAAUCCCGCUCGGCCGUCAUGGAGCUCUCGAAGCCGCCCCUCUGCCACAGGAACAGCAAUGGCCUCUGACCCCUGGCACGGGGAGCGUCCCACGAGAUGGCACCUCCUCUGGGAAGUCCGCAUGGGCUGCUCGACCCGCGAAGUGGAGCCUUUGGGAGAAGUGUGAGGAUGAGAGAUGGAGUCGCUCACCUCCGGGGUGCUCUGUGGCUGGGGGGACCCAGGACUCUGAGAUGCUCCUACUAGGAGUGGCGACCACCCUCAGGCUUGGGGGCGCCUCCUCCCCUCCUGAGGGCCUCCCGCCACGAUCGCAUCCAUCCGCCCUCGAAACUACUGAAGAAACGAAGUUCUCUUUCUUUGCCACACACUUCUUUUGGUUAUAGAUGAACCUAGAACUUGAAAUGAUUCCUACUGAUUGUGUCACUUUUUGCAUCCGAUAUCCAAUGUAUCUCAGGCUUGCCAAGAUGGGAUCAAACAGUCUGCUGUUCAGGUUGCCCCAGCGUUGCCACGCUCUGUCCAUAAUCGGCCCCGGCUGGGUUUAGAUGUCUUUGCUCCAUAGUCCUGGCAGGAUGGCAGACCAGCUGGGUGUCUUCUGUGCCCUUGAGAACCAGCAUCUCGUUGUCUCGGGGCUUGAAAGCUGCAGAGAUUUUCUGAAAGAGCUGCACCUGGGCCCUCCCCGCGGGUGCCGCACCCACGGGUACCAGCCUGCCUCUGACCGGGAGCUUAGGCAGCUGGGACCAAGGGCGUGGGAGCCACUCAACAUCGAAGGCGUCAGAUGGUAGAUGGUUGGAGGCUCACGGUGGCUCUGCAGGAGAGGCAGUGGCGUUUGCAUCUCACGGUGACACAGCCAUUUUCAAACCAUCAAGUCGGUGCACUUCCCCUGGGUGCACAGGACCGCCUGCGGGCGCCCGUCUCAGGCUUGGAUGGAAGCCGUCGUGAGACACAGCAACUCUGGUUCCCUCUGGCUGACCUCAGGAAGCAUCUGGGUAACGGAUGUGUCAAGGAAGGAAACUCCGUUUUACCUUUUAGUGUAAUUUAAAAAUGAAUUUUAUUGAAAAAAGAAUGCUGAAGACGAAUGUGUCAGAAUGGGUUAACUGUGUAUAUUGACUUGCAUUGUCGUUCAACUGUCAUUAGCGAAUAAUUCUCUGCCCUGGCGGGUUGUUCUGUGACAGCAACGGCCUGAUCCCAGUGGCCUCCUCUCCCCGUGGUUCGUUUCAUGUCCCAAAUAAGUGCUGGUUUAUAAGAACCAGUGUGUUUCCCAGCCAAGUCCUCCGUGUCAUCAGACUAAAAAUAAUAACAAUAAUUUUCAGAGUCCACGUA